AUGGCAUCUUUCCUAAUGCAUCGCGUUGCGCGUCGAGCCAUCACAGGGUCACAUUUCUUAGUACCUUGUAUCACAGUCUCUUCCCCAUCAUUGUUCGCACAACCCGAAAAGAGCAUAGCGCAGUCGAACAUAUCUGUUGCAUCUACGAGAUGGGUUACGACCUCAUCAAACAAACCGAUCGAGUCUGUAAAUUCGGGAAAAGAGGAUUCAUCUGCCGCUGAGUAUGCGCUGACGACGCUCGACGCACUGGUCAACUGGGGACGUCAAUCGUCGCUGUGGCCCCUCACGUUUGCUCUGGCGUGCUGUGGUAUUGAGAUGAUGCAUGCAUCUAUGCCAAGAUAUGAUCAAGACCGGCUCGGACUCAUCUUUCGGGCUUCUCCACGGCAAGCAGACGUCAUGAUUGUUGCGGGCACCGUCACAAACAAGAUGGCAUCGGCGGUAAGGCAAUGUUACGACCAGAUGCCUGACCCGAAGUGGGUCAUUAGCAUGGGCAGCUGCGCCAACGGUGGAGGAUACUACCACUACAGCUACUCUGUUCUGAGAGGUGUUGAUCGCAUAUUGCCCGUGGACGUCUAUGUUCCUGGAUGUCCUCCAACAUCUGAAGCAUUAUUGCAGGGCGUAUUCUUGCUGCAAGCCAAGAUGCGGCGAACCAAGGUUACUCGCAUGUGGUAUCGAAGAUAG